AUGGACUCGAAAGAAUUCCGGGAGGCGGCCAACGCCACGAUUGAUGAUAUCAUCACCUACUUCGAAAACCUCGGCGACCGCAAUGUGGUCUCAACAGUCGAGCCCGGCUACCUGCGCAAGCUACUGCCCAGCGAGGCGCCGCAAACGGGCGAGACAUGGGCCACUAUUCACCGGGAUAUGGAAGGCCAGAUCAUGCCGGGUAUCACCCACUGGAACCACCCCGGCUUCCACGCCUUCUUCCCCUGCGCCACCUCCUACCCCUCCCUCCUGGGCGAACUCUACUCCGCGGCACUCUCCGGCGCCUACUUCAACUGGAUCUGUUCCCCCGCCGUAACCGAGCUGGAAACUAUCGUCCUUGACUGGCUCGCCCGCGCCCUCGGUCUCCCCCAAUGCUUCCUCGCCACCGGCCCGACCCGCGGCGGCGGCGUCAUCCAGGGGUCUGCGAGCGAAGCUAUUUUGACGGCUAUGGUCGCGGCGCGGGAUAAGUACCUCCGGGAAACGCUUGCGGUGGAAGCAGUGGCAGGGGAAGCGGAGGAGGUGAAAGAGGAGAGGGAGAUGAGGAAGAGGUCGAAGAUGGUGGCGUUGGCGACGACGUUGACGCAUUCGAGCGCGAAGAAGGCGGCGUUGAUUUUGGGAUGUCGGUUUCGGGCGAUUCCGGUACGCGCGGAGGAUGGGUAUGCGUUGACAAGGGAGGGGUUGGUGGACGCGUUGGCGAAGUGUAAGGCGGAUGGGCUGGAACCGUUCUUUUUGGCUGCUACGUUGGGGACGACGGAUGUUUGCUCGGUGGAUGACUUUGCGGGGAUUAGUGCUGCGUUGGAGGAGGAUGGGGAUAAGAAUGGUGGGAUCCCGCGGCCGGGAGAGCCGGGGGAGGUGUGGGUGCAUGUGGACGCGGCGUAUGCGGGAGCGGCGUUGGUGUGUGAGGAGGUGCAGCGGGCGACGAGGAUUGAGCUGGUGGAGCGGUUUCACAGUUUUGAUAUGAACAUGCACAAGUGGCUGCUGGUUAAUUUCGAUGCCAGCUGCUUCUUUGUGCGGGACCGGAGUUGGUUGGUGCAGGCGCUGAGCGUUAACCAGGCGGUGUAUGGCAACACGGCGUCAGAUGGCGGGUUGGUGACGGAUUACCGCGAGUGGCAGAUCCCGCUGGGCCGGCGGUUCAGGAGUCUCAAGAUCUGGUUUGUGAUGCGGUCGUACGGGAUUCAGGGGCUGCAGGCGUACAUCCGGCGGACGAUCGCGCUGGGCGAGGACUUUGCUACGGCGCUAGCGAAACGGUCGGAUCUGUUUGAGAUUGUGGCAGGGCCGAAGUUUGCGCUGACCGUUUUCCGCUUGGCGGACCCGAAGGGAGAGACGUCGCUGGAGGAGAGGAAUGCUCUGACGCGGGCGCUGUACGACCGGGCCAACGCGACGGGCAAGAUCUGGCUGACCAGCACGCAGUUGGACGGGCGGUUUGCCAUCCGGCUGAUGACGGCGGUGCGGACGACCGAGAAGGAGCACAUUGAAGCGGCUGUCCAGACCUUGACCGAGGUGGCUGAGGGGGUGCUCAAGGAAGCUCGGAACUGA